UUAUCGUAUUUACUCGAGUGGGACUGUUGAAGUAGCCCGUUCUAUUUAAAUAUAAAAUAUAAUACAUAAGAAAUGGCGAAGGAAAUUGAAAAUGCAAAUAAACCAAAAAUACAGAUGGUUAGAAAGAGAUAUAAGGGGAUUUUAAUGAUGGAAAAUGAGAUUGAGGAGAUUGAAAAGAUGGACACAAAAGAUGAUGAUAUCUGGGUCUGUUCGUACCCAAGAUCAGGGACAACGCUUACACAAGAGAUGGUGUAUUUGGUUCAGACGUUAGACUUCAAGACCGCUAACAGUGUCCAGCUGGAUCAACGAUUUCCUAUAAUCGACCUUAAGGAUGAUAGAUACCCGUAUUACAAAGGUAUUAAAGGCAUUGAACAAAUGGAAUCUCCUCGAAUGAUCAAAACACAUUUUCAUCAUUUUCUGCUACCAGAACAACUACAGAAAGGAAAGGGAAGGAUAAUUUAUAUUGCUAGGAAUCCGAAGGAUGUUGUGACGUCAUUUUUUCGCCUCAUGCAAUGGGGAAACGAACUGGUUGAAGGAGACAAAACAUUCGAUCUUUUUGUUGAUGGAUUUAUCAAAGGAACUGAACUUCUUUGUCCCUGGACGAGACAUGUGUUGGGAUACUGGGAAAAACGGAAUGACAGCAAUGUUUUGUUUCUGAAAUAUGAAGAAGAAGUGAGGGUAAUGCAUCGUUUGCCUUUUUAGCUAUUGUGAUCACUCACUAUCCGUCCGUCCGUCUGCCUGUCUGUCGUCAGUCCGUCUAUACUUUUCUUCAAACGACAUCUCUUCUGAAACUGUCUAAUGGGAAGUUGAUGAAACUUGGUCUUGAUGUUCCUUGCAUAGUCCUCUACCAAAGUUGUUCAACGAAUUCCAUUACAUGUAGAAUUCUGGUUGCCAUAGCAACCAAAAAGAAAACCUUUAACAAUAUUUUUCUCCAAAACCGCAAACGCCGGAGCUUAGAUUUUUGCCUUGUAGCAUUUACUACUGUGGUCGUCUACCAAAAUUGUUUAAACCACCCCCCUGGGUUCAAAACUGGCAUGUGUUUUACAUAAACGUAUAUAGAAGAAAAACUUUAAAAGUCAUUUUCUCUAAACUUGCAAGGCCUAGAACUUAGAUAUUUCGGACUUGAAGCAUUGUGUAGUGGCCCUCUGCCAAGUCUGUUCAAGGUAUGACCCUAGGGUCAAAAUUGGCCUCGCCUCGGGGUUCAUUUUUACAUAGGCUUACAUAAGAAUUUUUUUUAAAAAUCUUGUUCUCUAAAACUAUAAGACCCAGAACAUAGAUAUUUUGCUUGUAGCAUUGUGUAGUGGUCCCCUACCAAGUCUGUACAAAUCAUGCCCCUGGGAUUAAAACUGGUCCCACCCCGGGUUUUACUUGUUUUACAUACACUUAUAUGGGGGAAAAAAGUUUUAAAAUCUUCUCUUAAACGGCAAGGUCUAGAACUUAGCUAUUUUGCUUGUAGCAUUGUGGUCCUCUGCUAAGCUUGUUCAAAUCAUGCAUAUGCGGUCAAAUUGACCCCUAUCCUCAAGGCCUGAAAGUAAGAUAUUUGGCAUAUAGAAUUGUUUAGAUGUCCUCUGUCAAGAAACCAAAUAUGAGUUUGCGUCAGGGAAGCGAUUUAGGCCCACCAUGGACCUCUCGUUUAUUUAUUUCUGUAACAAUACUUAUAUUUAACAUUCCUGACUAUCUAAAAAUCUACGCAUGAAAUUCAAAUUCGUUGCCAUCCGUCAUGCAUGUACUUUAUUAUGGGAUUCAUUACAUAAUAACAAAACGUUAGAUAUUCCGAUGACAAAAUUUGUUAAAUUGAAAUAGCAGCUAUGUUCCGAAACAAACACCUUUUUGUACACGCGAAUUGUAUCGAAAUAGAGGUAUUGUAUGUGUAUGUUAGUAUCUGCUAAUUUUUAUACUUUAAGGACAAGCCUAGCUGCUGCUAUUAGACGUAUCGCAGACUUUCUAGGACGUAAACUUACGGAGGAUGAUGUUGCCAGAAUAGCUGACCACUGCCACGUGGACAAUAUGCGAAAUAAUCCUACAGUGAAUGGACUUUACUGGACUGAGUUUAAAAAAAUGAACUUCGAAUGUGAGGGGCGCUUCAUUAACAAAGGUGUUCCUGGUACAUGGCGGGAGGUUCUAAAGCCGGAACAAAGUUCCAAAAUCGAUGAAAUGAUCCGUGAAGUAGCAAAAUCAGGACUAAUUAUUGAACAAACGUAGGACUGAAACUUCUUUAACAUCAUCUUCGAAACAGCUGAUUUGUUUUAAUACUAUUUAGCAGUUAUACAUGGAACAACAUAAAGACAAAUUUGGUGCAAUUGUAAACAGAGGCGAAGAAAGAUGGUCCGUUAUUUUAAUUUUUUUUAAUAUACACGGAAAACAUAGUUUAACUGCAAAUUUGAAUAACUUUACACAUUAUUACCUUCACCUUUAAUUGUUUUGCCUUUGCGACCAGUGCAGACGAAGAUCAGCCUACACAUCCUUGCAGGCUGAUAAUGGUCUGCACUGUUCGCUAUUACUGCCCAGAUUGAACAAUGGACCAGUCCAUUAUAGAAAUUUAGCAGGGUAAAGGUUAAAAUUCAUAAUACUCAAGAUUCAUUUUGCUUUCCAGUUUGUAAAAAUUAUAUUUACUAAUCGAAACUUGUAACGUGCUCUUGAUAUUUUUUGCAAUAUAUAUAUCAUGCUACAUGUACAUUGUAGUACAUUUAUGAAAUUUAUCGCACUUUUAGAAAAAUAACAUACUGAAAUUUCAACAAAAUCGGGCUAUGUUUUGAUGUCAUAUAAUUAAUUUCAAGACUUCUACUCAUUUUUAAAAAGUCUCGAAGACUUACCUGAAUGUUUCGCUUUUUUAAAACGUGUAAGGAUUUUGAGUGGUAGAUAUUAAAUAAUUUAUAUUGUAUGACAAAUAUGGACUCACAUUUAUUUUUUUCUAAGAUACGACAGGCUAAAGAUGUCAUUUAGCACGUCUAAGCAGCCCAGGUCAACAGUAUGUGGGGUGUUUGCAAUUACAAUGCCCUGGUCAACGACUGGAUUGACCUUUUUUUCUGUAAAUCUACAACAUUACGUUUUCAACAUUAUGUUGAUGCAUCAUGGUUGUAAACUUUUUCUCUGAUCUCGACGCACACGUCACAGUCAGGCUUCAAACAAGGCCAUUCCAAUCAAAAUGCUCUAGUAAAACUUAUAGAGAAAUGGUUUUUAGAUAUAGAUAGUGCGGAAAUAAAUAGUUCUUUAUUCCUUGAUAGAAGAAAGAUCUUUGGUCCAGCUGACCAUAAAUAAUAAAAGUGUAUAUUUUCGAAGAAAAUAACUUGAAUCUCGGAUCCGAUAUUACGGGUUCUGUAUACUUCUGCACAUUUUGAUAUUUUAUUUGAAUACGCAAAUUUGUGUAUUUGUCACAUGUCAUGUAUGAUAAUUAUGUCAUUUAAUGUUACGUCCGUUUAACGUUACGUAAAUUCCGUUGUUUAUCUUAAUUAAAAAAGGCAUAUCGCCGAAAUGUCGAUAGAAUAAACUGUAAAAUUAUCUUGUUGAUGUAGAUCAUUUGUUUAUCUAGAAAUUCUUAUAAAAAUAAAAUGCUAUCUGAGAAACAGUUCAUUAUUUAUCAACGAAAGGGUUUAGCUUGGAGUUGCAAAUCAUGAAACUUUACAUUUACAAGUCUACUCGGGGGUUCCUCCAGGUUAUAGGGCAUAUAUAUUUCUUACUAUUAGGUUUGACUAGCCACUUUCCAACAAGAAUGAUUGAUGACAUAACAAUAUACACUUAGGAUAAAUAUAAUACAUUUGUCAAAACAAAUUUACAAAAUAAUGCAAAGUAUUUCCGUAUAUAAUAUAGUGAGUAUAAUAAUGGCGAUACUAACAGGACCAAAUUUGUUUUCCUAUAUACAAAAAAGGCCCGAGUCAUGUGUUCUUGUCAUUGUAAUUUGAUUCCUUCACAUCUGAACCCCAAACAACGAUUUUAUGCAACGACAAUUCACUGUUUAGGAUAAAUUGUUUUCUUUAUUAAUGUAGGAAAUCGUCAGCCAGGUACUGCACAAAAAUUACAAAAACACCAAUUAUCAAUCUAAGAUGAUCCUGAUAAAUCAGUGCAUCAGUGCUUUACGAAAAUCAACACUGCUCAAAAUGGUAGCUGUAUAUCACCUCUUUUUGACGUUGUCUGUAUUGUAUAGGGCGGUACAUCUGCCUACA